AGUGGCAACGCCGGCUUCGGCGGUCUCUCCGACUCGAUCGAGGGUCCCAGCAAGGCCGAGAUCCAGUGCACGGACAAGGACGAUGGCACGCUCAACAUCUCGUACAAGCCCACCGAGCCGGGCUACUAUAUUGUCAACCUAAAGUUCGCCGAUCAUCACGUGGAGGGAUCACCCUUCACCGUCAAGGUGGCCGGCGAGGGCAGCAACCGCAAGCGCGAGAAGAUCCAGCGCGAGCGCGACGCCGUGCCCAUCACGGAGAUCGGCAGCCAGUGCAAGCUGACGUUCAAGAUGCCCGGCAUCACCUCGUUCGAUCUGGCCGCCUGCGUCACCUCGCCCAGCAACGUCACCGAGGAUGCCGAGAUCCAGGAGAUCGAGGACGGCCUCUACUCUGUGCACUUUGUGCCAAAGGAGCUGGGCGUGCACACCGUUUCGGUGCGCUACUCCGAGAUGCACAUACCCGGCUCUCCCUUCCAGUUCACUGUCGGUCCCCUGCGCGACUCGGGCAGCCAUUUGGUCAAGGCCGGAGGCUCCGGCCUCGAGCGCGGCGUCGUCGGGGAGGCAGCCGAGUUCAAUGUGUGGACCCGUGAGGCGGGCGGUGGCUCGCUGGCCAUCUCCGUGGAGGGUCCCAGCAAGGCAGAUAUCGAGUUCAAGGAUCGCAAGGACGGCAGCUGCGAUGUCUCGUACAAGGUGACGGAGCCGGGAGAGUACCGCGUGGGGCUCAAGUUCAACGAUCGCCACAUACCCGACUCACCCUUCAAGGUGUACGUCUCUCCGGAUGCGGGUGAUGCCCACAAGCUGGAGGUGCAGCAGUUCCCGCAGGGCAACAUCCAGGCGGAUGCCCCCUACCAGUUUAUGGUGCGCAAGAACGGUGCCAAGGGCGAUCUGGAUGCCAGAAUUGUGGCCCCAUCGGGCACCGACGACGAUUGCUUCAUCCAGUCGAUCGACGGCGAGAUGACCUCGGUGCGCUUCUAUCCACGCGAGAACGGAAUCCAUGUCAUCCACGUCAAGUUCAAUUGCGUCCACAUACCCGACUCGCCCUUCAGAAUCAAGGUCGGCAAGAAUGUGGCCGACCCAGCCGCUCUCCAUGCCACCGGCACUGGCCUGCAAGAGGUCAAGACUGGACACAAGGCCGACUUCAUUAUCAACACCUGCAAUGCCGGCGUUGGCACGCUAGCCGUCUCCAUCAAUGGCCCCUCCAAGGUGGCCAUGGACUGCACAGAGGUUGAGGAGGGCUACAAAGUCCGCUACACUCCCCUGCUGCCUGGCGAGCACUACAUCACGGUCAAAUACAACAAUGUGCAUAUUGUGGGAUCUCCCUUCAAGGUGGACGCCGUUGGCGAGAAGCUGGCCGAUGAGGGUGCUCAGGAAACGUCGUCCGUCAUCCUCGAAACGGUGCAGAAGUCGGCCAAGGGUGGCAAGAACACCGGCGUUCAUCUGCCCGCCUUCAAGUCCGAUGCCAGCAAGGUGGUUCCCAAGGGCAUGGGCCUGAACAGGGCCUACAUUGGCAAGCAGAAUCAGUUCAGCAUCUGUGCCACCGAUGCGGGCAACAACAUCUUGUAUGUGGGCAUGUACGGACCGAAGGGACCCUGCGAGGAGUUCCAUGUCAAGCAUGCUGGCCACAACAACUACAAUGUGCAGUAUCUGGUGCGCGAUCGCGGACAGUAUGUGCUGCUGAUCAAAUGGGGCGAGGAGCAUAUACCCGGCUCCCCAUUCCAGAUUGAUGUCUAGAUCUAGCCAGGCGGCAUAUAUGUAUCGUAAAGUAGGAUAUAUGCCUCUCCUCCCCCGUCGUAUGAGUACGAGUACGAGUACGCUUCAUUAUGUACCGCA